ACAAGAUGGCGUACUCUAAUAAAAAGUUAUCAAACAAAUUAUAACAGCGUUUCGACCAAUAAUAGCUCAUAAGAUAACAUGGCUUAGUGGACACUGUAAUAGGAAGUAGUCCCACUUUAAGUGGACGUAAUCACUGUGUGAAGUUACACAAGGAUGGGAUUGUCAGAUGGAGAACUAUCAGAUACAAAACUUCAUGAAGCAGUGCGGUAUGGAGAUAUUGAUGACGUUAAAGCUUCACUUAAAGAUGGUUUAGAUCCAAAUAAAGUAGGAUUGUACUCUUGGACUUGUGUUCAUGAAGCUGCAAGUAAUGGUGACAUGGACGUUUUGAAAUUGUUGCUGAAGCAUAAAGGUAAUCCUAACAAAAAGGACAAGCUAAAGGGAAACACAGCUGUUCACUAUGCCGCCAAGGAGGAUAACAAAGAGUGCCUUGAAAUGCUUAUACAAUAUGGAGGAAGAUACAAUACUAAAAAUAAUGAUGGCAAAACUCCAUUGGAUGUUGCUCAGAAGAACUGUGAAGAGCUCCUUCAGAAACAGAGAGUAAAGGAUCUCAUUAAGACCACUGUUAAACAAGCUAAAGAGGACAGUCUUGAGGUGGAGGAGAAAAACUGGAACAAACUACAACAUGUUGACAACGCUACUGAGCACAGUAAACCACCUGGUAAUAACAAUGAAAAUGAGCCCAAAGAUGAAAGCAAGCAGGAGGCUGAUAAAUGUGCAACAGAAAAAAUGCCAGAGAAAGCAUGGCAGAAACCAAAAGAGAAAAAAGAAACAAUCAUGGGAUUCUUGCAGUUAUCAUUUGAGUACAAUUCUCGUAAAUCUAGUCUAAAAGUAAGAGUAUGGCAGCUAUCUGAUAUACUUCUACCUCCUGCUGAUACAUCAAUGAUACAAUCAGUGUAUGUGAAAGGCUAUCUUCUUCCUGACAAGAAAAGGGUAACAAAACGCAAAACUGAUGAAGUGAAAAUUGAAAAGCCAGAACCCCCUCAAGUAAAGGUGGAUUCACCAAAAUCUACAGACAAUCUGCCUGAAUUUGCAAUACAGACGAUUUUUAAACCAUCCAUGUUUAAAUUCUCAAAGCCAUUAGAAUAUAAAGAUAUUACUCCUGAGAUUGUAGCGAGUAAGACAGUUGAUCUACAGGUGUGUAUAACCCAGAAAUACACUAGGAAAAGUUUUGUUAUAGCAAACAUGAACCUUCCACUGAAAUCUGCAGUGAAAAAACUUGUACGUGAAAAAAUACCUCUUAGGCCAUGUUUAUCAACGGGCAUACCAGAAAACAUGAAAGUCUACAGCGCACAUGAAUUGUCCAUUAUUAGCUCUGCGAGAAACUUUAGCAGUAACCCUGACAUACGUAAUCCAUCAUUAGCGAAUUUAACUGCCCAAUCCUCAGAACGUGCUUCCAGUGACUCAGACCUGAAACGGGUCCAAGUUGUUAAAGUGUCAAAAGCACCAUCUAUUACUCUCUCAUUACCCCCAGAUGAAGAUGACCGUGGUCAGUCUCCUCUUGAGGAAAUCACAAUACUAGAGGAACUUGAUCCUGUAACCAAACAAUAUUUGAGUAAAAGUACAUCAAACUUGGUCCAUAUGCCAGGAGAGAUUUCAGAUGAAGAUUUAAUUGACUUGCCGAAUAUAAGUAUAGAAAAAGUGCCAAAUAAAAUAAAGAAAUCAAAAAGUACACCAGACUUAUCUAGCACCGAAGAUUCCGAUAUGAGUGAAUUAGAGAAUAGUCUCAGUAAGCAACAUGGUACUUUUGCAAAAGCAAUAGCAAAAGGAAAGAAAGAUGUGUAUUCAUUGAUUGAAAAAGGAAAGAAAAUGAAAGCGAAGACAGUGGGUAGUACGGAGGUUAUAGAACUUAAGGAUGUGAAAGAGCCAGGAAAUGAUAUCUUAAAGUUCACUACUGAAGAAGAGACACAACUAGGAUCUCCUAUUAGAUCCCCUAGAAGUAGACACAGGAGAAUGAGAUCAAAGGAGAAUUCACCAAACACUUCCUUUGCAGAAGUACACACAUAUGCUACUGUCCAUGAACUUGAUAAGACCCCUGUUAAAGCUUCUAGGAGACGUCACUUGCCUGAAACACCAGACAGUAGUCCAAGAAAACUUGAAGAACUUCAAAGCACUGUGGUAGACUUUGUGAAGGCUAUUAAAUCUACCCCAGAACCACCUCCUCCCAUACCUAGCCCUAAUCAGCCCCACCCUCCUAACUCACCGAAUCCCUACAGAGCCAGGACUGGGGACAGAGUGAGGGCUAAGACUCCAUCUCCCAGGGAUACAGCAGCUACCACAAAUGUCUCAUCCAUAUCAUCAAUGCAAUCUAACGAAACCAUUGAAAAAACAUUCCACCCUAAGAAACUGUGGGAUGACCAUCAUACAAAAAGCAGUACAAAUAACAACAGUGAACAGAUCCAAGAAAUUGAACUCAAAGAGGAAAUAUCACACUCAGAGAAACAAAAAUUGAAACAGAAAUAUCUGAAACGUGCAGCAAAAAUGCAAACUUUAAGUUCACAGCAAGAGAAGAUGAACUUUCUACAUCGGACUAUAUUAGACAGUCCAAGUAGUGCAUAUGAACAUAGUGAAACUCUCAGGGACUGUACAGAGAGGGCCAUAGAGCCCUAUGAUGCUGUGCCAGGUGGUGUAAAUAUUGAUGUCCCCUCCGUCCAUUCUUACCCUACAACAGAAUUGUAA